GUAGCUGCUGCAAAGAAUCUGACCGGCGGUGAAAGUCAUUCGCGUUUACUUUACCGCAACUAUCCGUGGGCGGGUAUUGGGUAGUACUUGAUUAGAUUAGAUCAGCUCAGCAUUUCUAUAAAUCCUAAAACAGUUGAAUUAGAAAGCAGUAAAAAACAAAAAACCCUAAAUUGAAAGGAAAAAAAAUGUCGAGCGGGUGGAGAAGAACAGUGGGGAAUGUUAGGUCGUUUAUAGGGAAUUCAUUGGGAGGGCUGAGAGGAGGAAGUAAUGUAGCGUCGUGGAUCGUUGCAGGAACUUUAGCUUACUAUCUAUGGAUUAAGCCAUCACAAGAUCUUAAGCGACAACAAGAGGAAAGGGCAGCACUUGCCAGUUCUGAUCCUUAUCGUUACAUUGAGAAGCGGAAACCAAUUCCUGAUCCACAGGAAACUGGAUUGAUAUACGGAAAGAAGAAUAGAACAAACAAAUCAGAGGAAUAAUUUGCUAUAAAAAUCGCAUGCUUAUAUUACUUACAUGGGAGUUAGGAUAGCUUCAUGGUCUAGUGGCAAGGUUGCUGAAAACUAGAGAAGGUUCUUGAGGGUGUUGCCGCAAGUAUGGUUUAUGCUUGGAGGAGAAAAAAAAAGAAGUCAAAAUGGUGUUGAUGUGCCAUAUAGAGGGCCAUAAGGAGGAAGCUUGUGCAUCGUUGUGGUUUGGAACUGUACAUUCAGAGGCCAGAUAAAAUGGAUGAAAACCAUGUCAUGCAGUGAAUUUCUAGAAGGCAGUUUUUCCGUCACUACGAUCAAAGGACAGGUUAGAAUGUAGAGCAGAGGGAGAUGGAGAUGGAGAAGGAUGCUGUCAAAUUGGUGUUACAUGCAACACUAGUCUAUAAUGAAUGUAUCUCUAGUCACAUCUCUAUUCAUCUAUUGUUGUAGUUAUAUGCUUUAUUUUCCCUAAA